AUGGUGGCCGUCGACGAGAAACCGCCCCUUCCACGACAUGGCUCCGACCAUGGCCGCCCCGACUCGGUCGAUCUGAUACUCCGCAAGACUCAGUACCUGUACGCCCUGGUCUUGCUCGUCACCUUUAUCGCCGGUGCGGCUUGGUACAGCGUGUACAAUGCCAAGAAGGCCGAGGAUCAUGCCCAACCAGUUGUCAAGGGCCCCGGCGGAAAACCCCUGCCCGUAACCAAGCGCAAGAAGCGUGACGAUGGCGAGCGUAAAAUCGGGCCUCGUUUCGGCCGAACUGCGAAAAACGUCUUUCGAUACCUCGCCUGCGUCGUCUUCCUGACCUACAUCGCCAGCAGCGUCUCCAUGUUCCGCCAUGCCUUUUGGUACGAGAACCCGUAUAAGUGGUCAAAGGAAGGGCUCCCCUGGGCUGGGGAAUGGACUGUGGUUCAUGUCACGGGAUCCACCUUCUUCUACCUCUACAUCGUCUUCUCGCUCUUCGACUGGCGCAAAGGUCCCAACAUUGUCCAUCUGGCAGUGUGGAUUCUCGGGCUCGCAGGCGAGAUUGUUUUGUGCACGGCCACGUUUGUCGCCGCCGCCAAUUGCCACUUUGCGCGCUCGACUCGAAUCCAAGAUGCCCCGGAAGCAGGCCGCUGCGUCGAUUACUGGACGAGGAUUGACCUGAUCCUGUACUUUGUGAGAGCCCUGCACCUCCUGGCGCUCAUUUCGCUCUUUUUCGUCGCCUGGGUUUGCAAAGUCCGUCGCACACACGACCCCGUCGAGGACGGCUACGAAUCGCAAACCAGCCAAGCACACGACGGUCAUGCUCCGGCCCAGACGGAGCGCCGGCGCCGGCAAUCGACAUCGAACCCCAGCAACCCCAAGCCGACGGGCAAAGGCGCCCCCGGUAGAGACGAGCCGGCAGCCUUUUACCGUCCCAGCAAGCUCCCCCAGAGGACCUGGUGGGAGUAUCUCAGGGGAUACUCGCUGUUCUUUCCUUACCUGUGGCCUAAGGAUACCCUGGUUCUGCAGGUGCAUGCUCUGAUUUGCUUCGGGCUGGUCAUCUUGCAGAGACUGGUCAACGUGGCAGUCCCGUACCAAAUUGGGCGUGUCGUCAACAGCCUCGAGGACGCAAUCAAGGACGUCCAGCAAGGUGGAUCCCUGACAAUGGACAAAUUUCCUCUCAAGGCCUUUGCCCUGCUCGGGGCACUCUGGAUUCUUCAGGGGCAGUCUGGGCUGCUGGGAUCCUUGAGGUCUCUACUUUGGAUCCCCGUUUCGCAGUAUUCCUAUCGAGGCUUGACGACUGCUUCCUUUAACCACGUCCACUCGCUCAGCCUUGAUUUCCACCUGUCGAAGCGCACUGGUGAGGUCCUCUCGGCCCUCAACAAGGGGUCUGCCAUCAACCAGUUCCUCGAGCAGGUCACCUUUCAAGUCGUCCCGAUGCUAUUUGACCUGUUCCUGUCCAUAUCCGUCUUUUACUACCAGUACGGGCCCCUGUACGCUGAGAUCAAUCUGGUGGACACGUGCUGGUAUCUGUACAUGACCAUCAAAAUGGCGUCGACGAGGGCAGAUCAGAGGCGCGAGAUGACCAACGCCGACCGCGAAGAAGAGGCCGUCAAGAAUGAUUCCAUUUCCAGCUAUGAGACGGUCAAGUAUUUCAACGCGGAAGAAUACGAGUCAAGCCGAUACCGAGACAGGGUGGCGGCCUUCCAGUCGGCCGAGGCCAAGGUACAGAUGGGCAUGGUCAUGAUGAACAUUUGCCAGACUCUGGUAUUCAACCUGGGCAGGAUUGUCGUGGCUGUCGUCUGUGGAUGGCAGGUCGCGGUGGGCAUGCGAAGGACGGGUGACUGGUUCACGAUGGUGUCCUACUUGACGCAGCUGCAGGGCCCGCUCAACUUCUUCGGCACAUUUUAUCGAACUGUCCAGCAGGCCAUGAUCUCGGGCGAGCGACUCUUGGAACUCUUCAAGAUCCAGCCCACGGUGGUCGAUACGCCUCACGCGGUUCCGCUCGAAGGGUUCAGCGGCCGCAUCCGGUGGAACAACGUCAGCUUCGCCUACGAUCGGCGCAAGCCGGCCCUGCGCAACAUCAGCUUCGAGUGCGCGCCGGGCACCACGACGGCCUUCGUCGGCGAGUCGGGCGGCGGCAAGUCCACGCUGUUUCGUCACAUGUUUCGCUACUAUGACUGCGACGAGGGCAGCAUCGAGCUUGACGGCAAGAAUGUUAAGGAUCUCACCAUCAGCUCUGUGCGGAGCCACAUUGGCGUUGUUCCCCAGGACACGAGCCUCUUCAACGAGUCGUUGAUGUACAACCUCAAGUACGCCAAUCCCAAGGCCACCGACGAGGAAGUGUACCAGGCGUGCGCCGCGGCAAGCAUCCACGAUCGGAUCAUGACGUUCCCGGACAAGUACGAGACUCAGGUCGGGGAGAGGGGCUUGCGGCUCAGCGGCGGCGAGAAACAGCGCGUCGCGAUUGCCCGCACCAUACUCAAGGACCCUCGAAUCAUCAUGCUGGAUGAGGCCACGUCGGCUCUGGACACACACACCGAGCAGGAGAUACAAGACAACGUGUGGAAGAUUGGCAAGGGGCGCACCUUGCUCGUCAUUGCGCAUCGUCUGUCCACCAUCACACACGCGGACCAGAUCAUCGUCCUGCACGCCGGGGAGGUUGUGGAAAAGGGCACGCACGACGAGCUUCUCGACGCCCGGGGACGCUACGCUUCCAUGUGGGAGAAGCAAAUACGGGCGGAGAGGGCCCUGGAUAAAGCAAGAGAGGCUACUAUCAAAGCGACAAAGGCAAUGAAACGGGCUAACAUGGGGGCCAAGAACGGCACGGCUGAAGAGCACACGGACGACUACCACACCCUGGGGUCCUCGGGCACCCUGUCGGACAAUGACACGGCAAAGAGCAAAGGAGAAGAAGACUGCUCUUCUUCGUCGUCGCCCUCGUCGGCUUCCUCGGACGUCGAGUCUGCACACGAAGACGAACGCUUAGCCGAACAGCGAUCGAACACCGAAGCAGCCGGUGCAGACGACCGUUCCGGAGUACGUCGAUAG